GACUUACAAACCUGCGGCAACAAAAAUAUACUUUUCAAUUAAUAAAUACAUAAAUACCUGUAUCUGUUGAGAAAUAUUUCAAGUCAUAAUUUAUUUUCGUCACUGAAAGUAAAUUGAAAUCAACGUCGGAUUAGCUGCAACAAACAAGCAUACAUACAGACAUACAAAGGAGACAAGCAGCAAUUGUUCACCUACUAGAUUAUAAUUGAAUGUACAUUCUAGACAAGUUUGAAUCCAACAAUUUCAAAAAAGCAUGAAGGGUUGGUUUGAUGCAUUUCGGGACGACGGUGGACCUACACUAUAUUCCUUCCCAAACCGAACGCCGGUGACAGGCGAUGUAUCCAUUGUUGCCGUCUCAGUUCUAUUUGCAACAUUUUACGUUGCCUUUCUAGUGAUAUUUCCGGGUGUGAGGAAACAGAAAUUCACCACAUUUUCCACAGUCACACUCAGCCUGUUCGUGGGCUUAGUCAUACUAAUUACGCGACUGGGCUCCGCUUGGCAUGUGGCGCACACAACCAUCAUUGCGCCGUACAAGGCGUUCUCGCGUGAGAAGAUGCCGUCGCGGAUAGGCACGCAUGUCGGCCUUAUGCACGUCAAUGUGACGUUGACAGCCAUUCCGGUUGGCAAUUGGACUGCGCCGGAUGUGGACUACAAUGAACGCUUCGGGUGGGAGGGUGCCAACGAUAUGAGUGCCAAUUAUCGCGAUGCGUUGAAACGUGGCCUUCCAUUUCCAAUACUUACAGUAGCUGAAUAUUUCAGUCAGGGACGCGAGGGUUUUUGCUGGGGUGGCCAAUAUCGUGCUGCUGGCUACUUUGCCAGCAUAAUGCUAUGGACAUCUUUAGCCUCAUGGCUACUCAUGAAUUUGCUGCUUAUCGCCGUGCCACGUUAUGGCGCUUACAUGAAGGCGCUGACAGGGGCAUUGCUCAUUGGCACCAAUAUUGGCUAUUACUGCAUGCUGCCAAAGCGUCCGCUGGUUAUCUAUUUGGAAGGUGGCCGUUUGGAGUUCAAGCUGGGCUGGUGUUAUUGGCUACUGCUGGUUGCAGGUAUCCUUUGCUUCAUCUGUGGCGUUUUAAUAUCCAUAAUUGACUUAGUGUGGCCGCAUACUUUCUCCACUGUGCUUGAAGUGUAUUAUGGUACACCUUAUGAUAGACAUGUUAUAUUGGAGGAGUCCAGUGAUGUGCGUUACCGCAAACGCAAUGGUGCUGCCACCGGUACCCUGGAAGAUCCACCAGGACUAGGCUCGCGCAUAUUGCGUCGACUAUCAUCAAAAGCACGAGAUCAUGGCAAUGCUGCUGCUUAUUAUGGUGGUAAUGCCGGCAGUGCCGGAAUGUCUGGUGCAGCGGGCGUGAGUGCAGGAGCGUCUGGCGCGAUGGCUGCCGGUGCUAUUGAGAAUAAGGGUUUCCAGUCGGAUGUGCCGAAAAGCCCUUGGCGUUAUCCGUUUCGGCGGGCGCAGCAUCUACAAGCGGCCCGACCGAAUGCGCGUCUACAGCGCACCAUCUCGCAGGACUCGGGCUCCAGCAUAGCAUCAGCUGCCAUACAUAUUUCGCCAUUACAUAAGCACGCGCUGGCGCGUAUGCUGCCAAAUCCACCUAUGAAUCGCAUCCGAGAUGUGGAACAUUGGUAACCUCCGCAUUGUCAAUGUUUGAUGCAAAACUGUCGCUGAAUAAAGGCAGAUAUUUAUAAUAAAAUAUAAGCGAAAGUUAGCAAUUUAAAAUAUAUGUAUAAUUAAACAAAUAAUGUGAUACGAAAACGAAAUAUAAGAAACUAUUUAGAAAAACUGACAAGCACAUACACAUACACACACAUACAUACAUAUAUUCUGACAUGUUAAAAUGACAAGCAUAAUUGAAUGCCAAUAUUACUUGAAAUCACUGGAAACAAAAUUUGAAAAAGUUCAAUCAACAACAAACUUCAUUGUGAUAUUGUCAUAAAUCAGGACCGCCAGAUUAGACAGAGUACUUUGAUCUGAUAUAAAAAUAAAUGAAAUCAUUUUUAACGGUACACUCGAAUCAUAUUUAAGUUUUAUUACAAAAUAUCAUCUUAUUAGUUAUUGUUAAAGGCGUUUACAAUUAAUUAGACGUUAAGUUAGACUUUGUUAAUAAAAAACACAAAUUAUUUAUUGAGUAUUAAAAGAGCUAAAAAUAUAAAAUUAAAAUUUGUUUUUUAAGUAAUCUUACGUUUUAAUUUAUUCCAUCAACAUUUAUUUAAAAUUAAAAUUAUAUCUAUUAGAGCUGAUUGAUUAUGUAAAAUGGAAAAAAUUGCAAAAACACUAAAUGUAUUAAAAUCGUAAAAUAAUGUAUUAAAAUAAAUAUUAAUGUACUUUAUACUCUAAGUGAUAAGGUAAAAAAUAAUUAGGACGAAUCAUAUUGGUAAAUAUUCUUUAAGGACAUAUAUUUGUAUUGAGCAUAGCAGCCAUUUCGAAUGUGCGAGUUUAUAAAAUAGAAAUUGAAAAAUUUUUUGAAAUAAAAAAAUGUAUGAUUUGACAAAUUGA